AUGUGUGGAGUUUCAGCAAUCUUUAUUUUAGAUAUAAACGGAAAGCCAAUAAUAGGAAGAAACUAUAAAGGCGAUGUUUCAGAAAAUGGAGUUUUGGAUGCGUUUCAGCAACAUGUUAUAGAGCAAGAGGAAUCUUGUAUUAAACCAAUUUUUUCUUCUAAAAUGAUAACAUAUUGUUGGAUUAAAUAUAAUAAUUUGUAUUUAGUAUUACUUUCAAGAAAGAACUCGAAUGCAACAAUGAUGAUAACGUUUUUGUAUAAGCUGAUUGAGAUUCUGAAAGAUUACUUCAAAGUUUUAGAGGAAGAGAGCAUAAGGGAUAAUUUUGUAGUAAUAUACGAGCUAUUGGAUGAGAUAAUGGACAAUGGAUUUCCUCAGAUUACUGAAGUGAAAGUUUUGCGUGAAUAUAUAAAAAAUGAAGCCCAUGAACUUUCUGCUGCUUCUGUACUGGUAUCAAAUAGAAAUAAUUCUUCUAUCAAGCCACCUUCUGCAUUGUCGAAUGUAAUUUCCUGGAGACCAGAAGGAAUAAAACACAAAAAGAAUGAAAUAUUUCUAGAUGUAAUUGAGAAAGUAAAUAUGAUUAUUGGUUCUAGUGGUGAUGUAAUAAACAGUGAAAUUGUCGGAACUUUAACCAUGAAAAGUUACCUUUCUGGGAUGCCAGAACUUAAGCUUGGACUGAAUGAUAGACUUGGAGAUGCUUCAUUUUCUACUAGUAAUACUAGCCGUGAUUCAGUUUCGAGUUCCAAUAGAAGCUCAAUAUUAAAAAAUAAAUCGGUCGAAAUUGAAGACAUAAAAUUUCAUCAAUGUGUAAGACUUGCCAGAUUUGAAAGCGAUAGAACAAUUUCUUUUAUUCCACCUGAUGGACAAUUUGAGCUGAUGAGUUACAGAUUAACUCCAUCAUCUAAUUUAAAGCCUCUAUUUAAGGUUGACGUAAAUAUCGAAAAUAUUAGUGCUACUCGUAUAAAGUAUAUUGUCAAGGUUAAGGGUCAAUACAAAGCAAGAAGCGUUGCAAAAAAUACAGAAAUUCAGAUCCCUGUUCCAAACGAUGUUAUAAUACCUACUUUUAAAACAUCAAUAGGUACAGUAAAAUAUUCUCCUGAAAGAGAUUUAAUAAUAUGGAAUAUUAAGACUUUUUCGGGACAGAAGGAAUUUACAAUGACCGCAAUUUUUGAUCUUCCAUCCAUUGUCAAUGAAAUGAAUUCAAGCAAACGCCCGGUCACCAUCAAUUUCGAGAUUCCGUAUUUUACAAUUUCAGGUCUUACUAUAAGAUACCUAAAAAUCACGGAGAAGAGUGGAUACCAAGCUCUCCCCUGGGUAAGAUAUAUAACUCAGAACGGAAACUAUGAAAUAAGGAUGCCUUAG